GAAAAGGUAACAGGUUGUAUUUGGCACACAGUGGCUGUUUUUGUCGCCCGCUCGGGUCCCGCUGGUGAGUUCACGUUGGAGUGCAUAUGAAGGAAAACUGCAGGAAGAGGAAGGAAGUCUACGCAGCUUGAGAACUUUGAAACUUUGGACUCUAGUAUGUCUGCACCUGCGUCAGGCAGAAAGACCCCAGUGGACUAUGGGGUUCAGAUCCGCUUCAUAAAGGACCUGCAUGACACUGGAGGGGGUCAUGGAGGCCAGUCUCGUCGAGAAGGCUCCGGGAAAUCCUCGUCCCGAUAUGGUGUGGCUGUUAGAGUGCAGGGCAUUGCAGGCCAGCCCUAUGUGGUACUGAAGGAAGGAGAGAAAGGAGAUUCAUACGGAGUGCAGCUCCGAACACAGCCACGCGACGCUCCUCCGUCUUACAACAGUUUACCCAGGAGAAGAGAUGACGGGUCAGUACAGGGUCCGUAUUUCUCCUCCCCGGAUGGCAGUCCCCUGCGUCGGGCUCAGUCCCACGGCUCUCUGCUGGACCGAGAGGGUGGUGACGACUUUGACCAUGACUUCAGGCGCCCUCCGGGUGAUGGACGCUCCGGCAGUUAUGGCAACCUGGAUGCGGGCAUCGGCGUGGGUUCAGAAAGGGAACGGACGAGAGGAGGAAUACAGCGGAACCAGUGGGGAGGUUCCCACCAAAUGGGACUCAACGGCUCAGUGGAGAGGGAAACCCUGAGAGGGGGGAGUGGUCACUACACCAGCCGAGCAGGCCCUAACUCCACCCAGACACCAUUCAAUAGACCCAUCAUCAGCUCUUCAGGCCAAGCUGGUAGUGUAGGAGGCUCCUCUAGGGGAAGCUCUCCUGCUCUGGAUGCAGUAACUAGGCCAAAUACCGCCUCCUCCACCCUGUCUUCCGCUCCGUCCGUGGCUCUAAACACCUACUUUUCUCCCCCCUCCUCCUCACCUGCUUCAGCUUACAGCAGCCUGGGCCGGACCUCUGGAUCCGUCGCCAAGGUUGCAGCCGUCCCAUCCUCUGCCUUAGCGAAUGACUGGUCAUCAGUGGAUGCACACGUCACUCCUGAUCUUCUGAUGGACCAGGGUCAGAGCUCGGGGUCAGAGUUCACGAGUGAGGAGGAUCAGAUCCAGCAGAUGAUCUACAGUGUUCUACGACAGGGGAGCAGCGAGAGCGAUGCUGCCAUUAAACGGAGAGCUCGCAUCAUCUGUGAUAAGAUCCAGGCGCUCAAGGUAAACAGACCAGACUCUGCUCUUAAAACACAGCUUGAACAGAGUCUGGAUGAAAAUGUGCAUCUCCAGGAACAACUGAACCGGAAGAAGACGGAUCUUGAUCAAACACAUACUGAGCUGACUCAGCUGCGAAUGGACAGAGAGAACGCAGAAUCUCGGGUCAGACAGCUGGAGGAUCAGCUGGCGGGGCUGCAGGAUGAGCUGAGGAGAGAGACGCACAACAGAGCACAGAAUGACACUAUAGAAGCAGAGUUGCUGGCCCUGCGUACUGAGCUGGCCGAAGCAGCGGCGCUGCAUCAGAAGCAGGAGGACACUCUGAGACAGAGGGAGCGAGAGCUGACCGCUCUGAAAGGUGCACUGAAGGAGGAGGUGUCCACCCAUGACAGAGAGAUGGAAACUCUCCGAGAGCAAUACAGCCAGGACAUGGAGAAACUGAGAGCCAGCAUGGAGCAGGUUUCACAGUCGCAGGCAACUAUAGAAGCAGAGCGUCAGCGUGUGAACUCUACAGUGCGCUCCCUACAGCAGCAGCUUGAAGAAUGUAAAGAGGAAGGAGACCACUGGAGAGGGCAGUUUCAGAGCACCAGAGAGGAGCUCCGCAACACCAAACAGGAGCUUCUGCAGGCUCGACUAGAAAAAGAAGAGUUUGAAGAGGAGCUAAAGGAGCUCCAGGAGAAACUGAACACGAUGAAACAGCAGAUCCCCGACGUCAAACAAAGUCAAACGCUCAACCAGGAGCUGGAGCGUUGUCGUGCCAACCUGAAGCAAGCCCAAGCUGAGGUGGACAAACUGAAGGGGGAUCUGGACAAGAAAACAAUGGAGAUUAUUUCAUUAAAGAGGACCAAUCAGGAGCUGGAUGCAGAGCAGAAAUACGAGAUUGAUAGGUUAAAGGACCAAUCACGGAAAGACAGAGAGGAGCUGACGAAAGUACAUGAGAAGGCCAAGCAGCUGGCUGAUCCUGCACUGGUGGAGUCUUUGCGUGGGGAACUGAAUGCUGUGCGUGGGGAAGCAGAGAAGCUCCGUAAUCAGCUGCUGUCGGUGGAGGAGGAGCUGCAGAACGAGAGAGACAGAGUGAACUCCUCGCAAACACACAUACACACUCUCACACAAGAGCACAAGGAGGUGGAGGAGAACAACACACGCCUGAAGGAGAAAAUAACGCGUCUGGAGUCGCAGCUGCAGGAGCGGGUGAGUCAGAGUCUGGAGGCUGAGCAAGAGCUGCAGGAGGAGAGCAGGAGGCUGAGGCAGCAGCUGGACGAGGCCAAACGCCUUAACAGCAAACUCGGCCAGGAAAGAGAUGAGCUGACCCGUGUCCUGGACGAGAGAGACAAAGAGAGGGAGACGCUCCGCAAGGAAAACUCGCAGCUGGAUGAACAGAAGAGGCAACACGAGAGAACAGUCGACAAACUCAACAAAGAGAUCGAGCGGUUGUCGGCUGAUUCGAGUCAGUCUGUGCAGCUGCUGCACUCUCAGCUGGACGAGCAGAAAGAGAAGUGGAGGAAAGAGCAGCAUGACUUACAGAAAAGCAACAAAGAGAAAAUCAGUGAGCUGGAGAAAGUCCACGUCACCCUUCGUUCUCUCCAGGAGGAGCUGUCUCGGCAGAAGAAAGAGCUGCUGUCGUGCUGUGAGGAGAGGGAUAAUGCUGUUCUGGAUAAAGAGCUGCUCACUAACCGUCUCAGACACCUGGAAGGCGAGCUGGAGAGCCAGCGGAGCACCUACAACGAUCGUUCCCGUGAAAUCCGCAGCAUGGAGGAUAAGGUGAAGCACCUAGAGCUUGAGCUGGAUGAGGAGAAGAACAGCGUUGAGCUGCUGACAGACAGAAUAACCAGGAGCCGAGAUCAGAUUGAGCAGCUGCGGUCCGAGCUAAUGCAAGAAAGAUCUUCCAAGCAAGACCUAGAGCUGGACAAAAAUGCUCUCGAGAGACAGCUGAAGGAGUAUAAGUCUCGUGUAGCAGAGAUGGAGGGGCAGUCUCGUAGUUCAGCUGGUGUUUCUCAGCUGGAGAGCAGACUGCAGGAGAUGGAGGAACGGCUGAGAGCUGAGGAGAGAGAGAAAAACUCUGCGCUGUCCUCUCAGCGUCGUGUGGAGAGAAAACUGAAAGAGCUGACCAUCACUCUGGAUGAAGAGAGACAGCAACACACUGAGCAGAGAGACCAGCUGGCUCUACGUGUGAAGGCUUUGAAGAGGCAAGUGGAUGAGGGCGAAGGAGAGGUGGAGCGGUUGGAUGGCUUGCGGAGGAAAGCAAUUAGAGACAUGGAGGAACAAAUGGAGCAGAAAGAGGCUCUCCAGUCUCGAGUUACAGCACUGGAGAACGAACUCAAGAGGAAGAUCCAGCAGGCCCGACACAUUUCUAUGGACUCUUCAGCUCUCAGCUCAGAUGACGAUGAUGAUGAUGGCCUGUACGACCCUUCGAGCAUCACCUCCAUCCUCACAGAGAGCAAUCUACAGACCAGCUCCUGUUAGGGAGGAGUGCACUGAGGAAGGCUGGUUGAUGGAUACCUGGAUUAAGAGAGCUGUUAAGAAAUAACUGUUGAAACCAUAAGACAGAAGUUACUCUACAGUGGUGGGAGUGUGGAUUAGGGGAUCUUCAUGGAAGCAUGAUGCAACAGAUGUUGAAAUAAUACCCGUUAAUGCAAAACAGAAUUCAGUUCAUACUUUGGAUCUGCAGAUUUGAACUUGUAAUACAAAGCUAAUGUUUAUACACUUAUCUGUUAAUCCUCUUUAAUGAGUAACAAGCUAACAUUGAAUUAAUCUGAAGUCUCAAUGUUUGCACUUAUUCCACACCUAGAACUGCAGUGCUAUGGUUGUGACACAGUUGGAUAUCUGUAUUGAGCACAGUUAUAAUAUUAUAUAUUACAAUAUGACCUUUAUUCAACAGAUUUUGAAAAAUCUCUGUAUAAUUCAGUUGUAAACAUGGAAGAAAAUCAUUCAGAGUGGUUUGAUGUGAAAGUUUCACUUCUACAGAGUGAGAAUAGCUCACAGUAUUGGUUUUUUUCACAUUACUGGAAGAUAAUAUUUGAAGAUUGACACUUUGGCAUGAAAUAUGACCAAAAGUAAGUCUUAUUCAGUGGAGAUGGCAAUAUGGACAGUCCUGGGUGGUAAUUACUGAACAGUUUUUGAUACUGAGUUACUGUUAUGGUUACCUACAUUAGCUUUGUAGCUCUGUUUUACAAAACUACAGAUCCAGUAUGAAUUCAGAACUUGAUGUUAUUUAUCAGCCACAAUUGGAGUACGAUUUUUGGUCAAACUAUUCCUUUGAUUGGGAGCACAAAUAAAUGUAUAUAUCUGUAAUAUACCUGGUGCGGAAAAAGCUCAAAAACAAAUAAUCAGACAUUUAAUAAAGUACAUGACUUCACAAAACAGAAAGGAGGAAGAUUAUUUUAGAUGGUGAAUGUUGUUGACAUACAGCUAAAGAUUUAAAAAUGUGGGUUGUCGUGAUUCAUCUGGGCCUCAAGACCUUUUAGAAUUUACAGUUUUCUAACAUGCAGUUUUCAAACUUGCAGGUUUUUCAACAUCUCAAAUAAAAGAAGUUCUAUUAGUUGCAUAAUAUAGUUUAGAAAUGGAAGUUUAUUUUUAGUACACUCUUCCCACACUGGUUUGGAAAUGGGGGCUUGAGAGGCAGGCAACUCAACAAGGCUUCCUACACUUCUUCCACCACAGAGAAUGUGGUAUCAACUGUAGAACAAACUGUACACAGGACUUAGGCCUGUUCUGAAAGGUAUGAUAAAGAUAUAGUAAAGAUAUAGAACAAAUAAACUCUGUUUAGUUUACAUAUAGGGGAACAUACUUAGGAAUAAAUGUAAUGUAGAUGAAGGAAAGGAGCACUUAAUGAAGUUUACAUGCUGUUAUAAUAAAUAAUCCUAAUAAUACAACAAAAAAACUUUUAAAAUGAUAUAAUGUAACUGAUCCACCAAAAAAUCUGAGCUUAUUGGAAAACUAUUCCAUUGAUUACACUGAUGGAACAAGGAAUAGCAGGGUACCAGUACACAUAAUAUUUAGCUACGCUGCCCAGAGAACUAAUUGCAGCGCACAAACCAGAAACAGCCGGUAAUACAUAUCUAUGGGUCCACAUUCCAUUGGCUUUACUAAGAGUGCUGAAACUUUUAUGAAGUGACAAGGUGUGUUUAUACCAGGGAUGCUAAAGUACACAAUACUGCAGUAAUUACAUUCUAAUUCAGCAAUUUAUGAACCACAGUUCAAACCAAAUGGAGAAGGCAGUGCACUCUAUGACAUCCAGCAAAUGACUGCUGCUAAUAUAGUCGAUCAGCCAAGACAUGUUUGGUUCUUGUGAGGCUAAUGUUACUAACAAGCAAUUUAGGCUUCUACCACAGUAGCAUCAUGCUAACUGCAUGCCUACAUCUAUUUAUUCAUCUCCAAUAGUCUUGCUUAUGUAGUUUCUGAAAUGGUCUGUUAUCUAAAAAUUGACACAAGAAUGUAGAAUAGCUAAAAGCCGUAGCAGCCAUCUUGAAGCUUGAGUUUUGUCUGUACUUUUGACACAAUUUGAAGCAGCUGUGGUGAUUCGGUUAUACAAUUUGCAACAUGCUAAUUGUUAAGUUCCAUCAUCUUUCAGUGCACAACUGAAGAAGCAAACUUUAGACACCAAACAUGGCUUCGCUACAUUUUGGGUAAGAGAAAAUUGCGUACAUCCGUUUCUUUUAAGGGAAUAGUUUGGCAGAAGGUCAAAUUUACAGUUUUCUCCAGGCAAAAGCAAUGAGCCAAGACAUGUUUAGUGUCUAAAAUUAAAGUCUGAAUUCCUUAGUUUAGCACUGGAGCUACGAGGCUCACCUUGCUAACAACACCAGUAGUGCGUAGACAACCAAAUGUUUUCUGUAAAUACAUCCUCAAAACUUCUCUCAAUCCGCAUCCAAGUGUUCAUUAAGGUGGUCCAGACUUGUCAGUGUGGUUCAGGAACAGUAUGACUUGCUGUGAGCUAUAAAAAUGAACAUAAAUUCACCAUGUAGCUGAACACUGGGGGCAGCCAUUUUAUGCUACAUUCAUGACCAGUUUCUGACUUCUGAGUAGGAACAUUAAAAUGUCCCUCAAACUCAUAAUUCCCACUCGAAAAGUCAGAGUUUUUCACGAGCUCUGACUUUUGCUUUUGCCAUGAUUUCAACAUGGCGACUUUUAAAGUUUGCUUUUCUGUAUGAUUCACUAUUUGUGUAUAUUGUCACUAAACACGGGAAAACUGGGAUGAUUGCUAGGUUAAUCCCUUUGUGCUAGAUCUACAUCCACUUUUAAAAUAAAUAAAGCACUAACCAAAUGGCUAUUUAACUUUUAGCUUUUUAACAUGCACACAGCAGCCAAACAAGUGCUAGUUUCACAUGAGCAUCCAUUUUUUUCCCUGAUCUCCAACAGCUGAUGAAAGCUUUUAGACUGGAAGUGGGAUGUUCCAACAUGGAGCUUCCAGUUGUCAUGAAUGCUGCAGGAGACAAUAAAAAAGAUUGUGUUGGUUAGCUACAUUAGCAUCGUAGCUCCAGUUUAAAACUAAAGAAGCAAAGUUUGGACACCAUACAUCCUUGGCUGAUCAACUAUAUCUGAGUUAAGCAAAAAAGAUGCAUACAUUUGAUUUUUAUUGAAUCUUUAAGGAGAGAUUAUGGCCUGUGUGAAAGCUGUGGCGCAGUAUUUUUCUGUUCCCAAUAUUGUCAAACUUGUUAACUUGUGUUCAUUUAUUUUCACGUAGAAAAUCAACAAAACAUGUAAUUUGACCAACUUUUACAAAUCUAAAGCAUCUUUAUGCCUGUGGAACAUGCAUGCAUGUUAAAGGGAGGUUAGGCUCAACACCAGGAGAUACAUUAUGACACACAUUAUUCUUGCACAUGAAGCUGAGCACAAGUACUAGUGCUCUUUUGUACAUUUCAUACAAACAAAGCUCAUACAUAUGUUUUGAGUGUCUUCAUCUGAAUGAGUGCAUCCUUUCAAUAUAUAAUCAUCAUACUGCUAAUUAUUAUCCUCUACAGUUUAUUCUGUAAAAGCCUUUAUUGACUAACUUCUGUUAUAUAUAAAACUGUUAUUUUAGGAAUAGGACAUUGAGUUCUAUGCACUGUGCUCACAGUGGUAUGAAGGACAAUAUGUAUGUAAUAGUGUUGAUAGACUUCAUAUAUUGCUUUCUUUCUCAAGCAUAAAAGACAGAUGCAUCCGUAUUUCAGUCUGGCAGUUCAUAAAUAUGACAAAAAAAAACAAGCAAACAAAUAAAUGGAUAAAUAAAAAUAAAAUUUAGCAAACAAAUAAAUAAAAAAGAAAUAAAAUUUGUUUAAUUAUCAAGUACAUAAAUAAAUACAUAAUGGACUGUGCAAAAGUUAUGGCACAUUUUAUUUACUUUUUGUUUAUUUUAUUUGUUUAUUUUGUUUUUUGGAUUUUUUUUUCCCAAUCUGUUAAACUAGUAGAAAUUAUUCACUAAAAUUUGCUAAAAAAUACAUUACCUUUCUUGUAGAAGAGAACAUAUAAUAUGGUUAUAGGUGUCCCCUAAAGUGAAAGAAAAAGAAAAAGGA